AUGCCUCUUGCAAAGCAUCUCCUUCAUCCCUCUCCAGAAGAGGAGAAGAGGAAACACAGGAAGAAGUGCCUAGUGCAGAGCCCCAAUUCCUACUUCACGGAUGUGAAAUGCCCGGGAUGCUAUAAAAUCACCACGCUGUUCAGCCGUGCACAAACAGCAGUUUUGUGUGUUGGUUGCUCUACUGUCCUCUGCCAGUCUGGAGAAGGAAAAGCAAGGCUUGCAGAAGGAUGUUCCUUCAGAGAGAAGCAGCACUAA